UCAACCUCACUUGCACCUUCAUUUUUUGAACCUUUUGGAUCUUGUCUCCUUCGCCACGGAUCGUCCUUGCUGUCAAGUGCUUCGAGCACGAUACUACACAAGCCUGUGCUCGCACCUGCUCUCACGUCAAACUGCUCGAGAAUGGGGCAACGACAAACCAAUGGUUGCAUUCAGUUUCACCCAUGUCCCUUCUCUAGAUCCUUUCACCAGUUUCGCCAUGAUUGCAAAAGCACCUCGAGUCCUUGUGGUCUAUCCUCACGAGUCUUCCUGAGUCAUAUGCGGAACGCUGAAGUUCGGACAAGGUAACAACCAUGAGGUACCAAACCUGGGACGUGUUGUUGUUUCCUGGAGACUCGAAGGUGCCUAUCCAAGAGUUUGACACGAAGUGCUAUGCCAUUGACCAGAACGUCCGAAUUCCUGCUCUUCCUUCCGUGGAUGAUGUCGACCCGAAAAUGUUCGAGUCCAUGACUCUCACCCCGAUCCUGACUUGUUUCGUGGCCAGCCUCGAGCGUGGUUCGUCUUUUCGACUUUCGAUUCACAGCUGGGAGCAGCCAAAACCGUCACGUCGUCUUUUGAGCUACAAAACACCAGAUGAAGCAGUUCUAUUCGAAGCCAGGGUCUACAUCGAUGGCAUACUGAUGGCUCAGCAAACAUUCGAGGACGGCAUCUGGCCAGAGGUCAUUGGAGACAAAGGACAUCGUCUUCGCUUCCCUAAGUUUCACAGAGAAAUCCUUCAGCAGCCUCAGUGGGAACCGGGUGAUCCUGUCGGCCGGAUCAAAGUUGUCAUAUCAGAAGGGGUGUUGAGAGAGACAAGUCCUCCGGCUGCACGAGACCUCAUGUUCGAUCGACUGCGAGAUGUGGUGGCAUUCUCGUUCCAACACGCGCCUCAAAACAUUCUCGAGUACUCUGGCAUUGCCUGGCCAAAUCCUGGACUUUUCGGGAAAGCAUCCAAGCGAUCAUUGCGGCCACCACCAAUUGGCGAACGUCUUGCCCCUGUUGCUGGUCACGAAACUCACUCGCACUCACCAAACCGUACAGUCACAGCCAUCAGAAGUGGUAGACCGUCGUCGAAUGGAGUGAACAGUUUCCAAAAGCGGCUCAACGCGCAAACGUUCUCCGACUUGCAGUCAGACCCAGUCAGCAAAGUGACUGAUUUCCAAAUGAGAAAGUGCUCACCCGAGAGCGGAGACAGCGCUGAAUCUGAAGACCCUUUUCUCUGUCCGCCACGUACAUCAACGCAGCAGAGGCGACUACAGCUACAAUCGAGCAGCCACGACGUUCCCAUGCCUGACUACAAGACGGAUAACAGCGCAAGUUAUACAGAAAUGUCAGAGAUCAGCUUUGCGCCUGUCAAUUUUCUCAAGCAUAUGAAUCAGGCCAAUCCAGCCGAAAUCGUCCAAGCAUUGAGUCCUGCUCGACAAGAGGCGCUACUAAAGGCACUGAGUGUUUCACAAAGCCCGGCUCAAGGCACGGAUCCUCCCACCAACACUCCUUGUUCAACCUCGGAGGACAACCGUCCACAGUCCGCUGCCGACCAAGAGGCCGAUGCGCUCAAUGAGCAGACGCAGGUUCAGAAGAUUGGGCUAGAUGACAACUGCGACGACAGCUCUUGGAUCAGGAUUGUGGAUGACAAGGAACGACACCCCAGCCAAUCUUUGGAAAUCAACACUGAGAACAGAGCAGAAGGAGCAGCCGCCAUGAAUCCCCCGAUGUCUCGGAUACCAAGUGAUACAAACAAAGAUCACAGCCUGGCACUGCUGGGAGCUAGAUCGAAGUCGCUGAAUACCAUCAGGGAAAGGUCGCUUUCCAAUCCGACAAAGCGCAAGCAUGGAUCGCUGUCUCCAGCACUUGGAAGCGGUACCGUGAAGGAGGCCAUCGCUGUGGUCAUCGAGUCUCCGUUUACGUCACCGGGAGAAGGAAGCAAAGCAACCUCUAAGCAUACUACACAUGGCACGGGUCGGAUUCCAUUGCUGGUGGAGUGAACACGAGAGCCGUGACUAUGUCCCAUCCGAAGCAAGCGACAAUUACAUCCACAUGGUCGGUGUAGGCGGAGCUGCCUU